AUGGUUGAGCCAAUUGCUAUCAUUGGGUCAGGUUGUCGGUUUCCAGGAGGAUCCGACACGCCCAGCAAGCUCUGGGAGCUGAUCAAAGACCCACGUGACCUAUCAAGCAAACCGCCUGCAUCGCGUUUCAAUAUCGAUCCGUUCUACCAUCCGGUUGGCGCCCAUCAUGGAACCACGAACGCCACCCAGUCCUACUGGGUGGAGGAGACAGAACGCACAAGUAUUACCAAGUUCGAUGCUGGGUUUUUCAACAUCCAACCAAGCGAAGUUGACGCGAUGGACCCACAGCAACGGGUCCUCAUGGAGGUUGUGUAUGACAGUCUUUGUGCUGCAGGCCAACCCAUGGAGAACCUCAAAGGAUCUAAUACUGUCAUUUAA